AUGCGAUUCUCCGACAUCCUCUCGGCUGCUGGUUUGAUAGUCGCAGCGCCUCUCGACUUCCAAUUCUGCAACGGCAACGCCGACUUCUGCAGCAGAAAGUACUCCAACGUCUCUCUCAUCGGCACGCACAACGCACCUUUCGUCGGAGACAUUCGCAAUGGCUUCGUCAACCAGGGCAAGACGGUCACUGAGCAGCUGGAUGCCGGGAUCCGCUUCCUCACUGGCCAGACGCAUAAGCCAGUGAAUAUCUCUUUGGAUCCGUUGGAGGCACUGUACAUGUGCCACUCGAGCUGUGCUUUCUUCAACGCCGGCAAGUUGGUGGACUAUCUGAGCACUGUCAAGGGAUGGGUCGAUGGACAUCCUGAUGAGGUUGUCACUCUGUUGCUCACCAAUGGCGACAACGUGGACAUUACUGUGUUCGAGCCUGCCUUCGAACAAAGCGGGAUCAAAGAUCUCGCUUUCGUUCCUUCCACAACGCCAGACAAGCUUCCAAUGGAUCAAUGGCCGACAUAUGCGGAGAUGAUGACAUCUGGAAAGAGGAUUGUCGUCUUCUUAGACUACAAGGCCAACGAGACUGAAGUCCCGUACAUUCUCGACGAAUUCACAUACUACUUCGAAACCCCCUUCUCACAAACCGACCCAACAUUCUCGCAAUGCAAGCUCGACCGACCCAAGAAUGGACAAGCAGACGGUAGAAUGUACAUCGUCAACCACGUGCUCAACAAAGACCUCUUGCCUGGCGAUGGCGAGGUUGUCGUACCGGAUCCUGACGCUGAUUUCGCUGCCAAUGCGGCGAUAGGGCAAGGUAGUAUUGGUGCACAGUCGGAGCUCUGUACGGAGCAGUGGGGAAGAGUGCCGAAUGUUGUGCUUGUUGAUCGGUUUGAUCGUGGUGAUGUGUUUACUGCGCAGAAUAUGAUGAAUGAUGUUUCUGCUUGA